UUAGACUACCCUUCCCCUUCCUUCUACUCGUCCCCUUCAUCGUUCCCUUCCUCGUCUAAUCUCGCCACGCCCCUGGACACACAGGCCACUAAUAUCCUUCAUCUGGACUCUGUUACUUCCGCUCAUCUCUCCCACAAUCUCACCUGCCUGGCGGCCAACACACCUGUCCUCACUCCCCUCUCUGCCACCCUCGUCCUCCUUGAAACAGUGGAGGGCUCAGUGACAGUGGAGCUGAAGGCCUUACCGUCACACCUGUCUGGAGGACGCGUCUACAACGUAACCUGCCUCGCAUCGGGGGUGUGGCCGCCGCCCCUACUCUCCUGGAGGCUCCGGGGCAAGCAGAUUACGAAGAGGGUUCACCUGAGACACCCGGGCGGGGACCUCACGGAGUCUGUGCUGGAGCUGCGGGCGGGCAUGGGUGACGACGGCAGCCUGCUGGAGUGUCUGGGCAGCUCCCCGACCCUGCCUCACCUCACCGCCUCAGACUCAGCGAGACUCACCGUGCACUACGUGCCCCAGGCCAGCAUCAGCAUCGAGGGCGGGGAGGGCAGCGAGGCGGGGCUGGAGGCGGGGGACUCAGCCAGCCUCACCUGCUCAGCGCGGGCUAACCCACCUGCCUACAACUUCACCUUCCUCCUCAACGGAAGGCCACUGCAUCGUGCUAACGUGGUGGAGAGCGGUCAGUCUCUCACCCUCCUGGAGGUGACACACAAGGACGCUGGUCUGUACACCUGUGUUGCCUCAAACUCUGAAGGUGAUGGACAGAGCAACGCGGUCCCUCUACACAUCGACUUUCCCCCGGUGUGCGCGUGGGAGGGGGUGAAGGAGGUGCUGGCGGUGGUGGGUGAGAAGGUGAGGAUGGAGUGCAAGGUCCUCGCCUCCCCACCUGACGUCACCUUCACCUGGGAGAAAGUCACCUUCACCGCCAACAUGACUCAGCUGCGGUCCCCCCUGCAACACGACGACUCCGGCCUGACCUCCACCGGUUGGGCCACGGCGGAGGGCAACCUGAGCAGCACCCAGGGCGCCAUGAGGGCCGAGUGCCAGCCGCGGAACGACCUAGGGAAAGCUGACCACCCGUGCGUCUUCGCCAUUCGGAUUGUGGGAGACCCAAGCCCCCUGACCGGCUGUUACCACCAUGACGUCACCGCGGACUCGGCCAGCGUCACCUGCGAGGAUGUCACGUCACCUGGCUACCUGGCGAACACUUAUCAUAUACAGGUGAGAGAAGGCGGGUUAGUAGCAGCAACCUUCAACAAUUCAGUGCCUCGCUUCAACCUGACCUCCCUGGCGCCUGGCCGGGACUACACGCUGGUUCUGCACGCCUCGCACGCCAAGGGAAGGGGCCCGGACACCUUCCUCACCCUGCGCACACACACACCCAAGGCAGAACAGGUUGCCCCGGAGAGAGUACCUGUUGAACCAGUCAAAAAGCCAGGAGAGGACGCGCCCCAGCCCACAGACUCCCCGCGGGGCCCUGGAGGCACGCCGCUGAGUGUCGUGGUAUCGGGGGCCGUCGUGGGCGUGGUGGUGGGCGUGGCGGUGGUAGUGGCGGGCGUAGUGACCUGCCGCGCCCGGAGAGGCCACGCCAGCUCACCAGGGAAGGCCCACCACCACCAUCAUCACAAUGUGUCUAGGGAUUCACUGCUGGAGAGACCGUCGCCUGGGGUUUUGUUCCAGCCGUAUGGAGGAAGCAGCCCGCCCUCGUGUGAGCUGCUCACCACCUUCUCCCCGGGGCCCGUGGUCGUGACGCAAGUAACCUCCGCCCGCUCCUCCCGUCGCUCCUCGCCCCUCAUGCGCAAGUCCUCCACCCGCAGUGCCCCCGGCGGUAGCUCUCCAAGAGGCAUACGCCCCCGCGCCGCCUCGUGCCGCGGGGGGCCUGUGCACGUGCUGGAGGUGGAGGCGGAUGACGUGACGACGCCCAGAGUGGAGGUUCAUUCCCCCUCCAGACUCUCGCGACUUAGCUUACGGAAUUUGCGGCGGCGGGGAUCCCAGCCCAUCAUGACGCGGGAGCCCCAGGCCGUGCUGACCGUGGAGAGCCAAGCGCUAGGACUGGAGGUGCCCCCGGCAGUUCCCGCCCAGCAGCCCCAACCCGCAGUGCCCGCAGAGUGCCAGCAGGUGCCGGACACUACACAAGACACAGCAGGACAGACGGAGGAGCAGAAGUUUGAGUCUCUCCAACCCCCAGUGUCGCCUCUCAACCCCCAGACUGACGCCCCACGCCCCCAGGGGGACACCACGCAGCCUCCCCCGCCGCUCACCGGGCCGUACGUCCACCUGACACCUCCCCCAGGGCACGCCUCUCCCGCACCACCAUGCCAGACACAGCCCCCUCCCCCCAGCACUCUCAGCACCACCUCUCCCCACACAGCGCCGCGCACCCCCGCCACCCACCCCCACCACAGCCACUGCGUCCACAGAUCCACACAGUCACCCUCCCCCAGCCCAUGUACCCCACCACACUCCCACACAUGGCCGCUAUCCCCAUUGUCGAGCCCCCGCCGCAGACCCCCAUCAGCCCCCAGCCUCCCCAGCUUCGCACCUCCGCCCUGCUGCUCCGCACUACCCCGCAGUUCACCAUCACGAUCCCCCACGGCACCUACACCCUAGCAGGCGACCCCAGAAUGCCACACCACCUUCAGGAGGGCGUUGUCAACACGCAGCCGCCGCCACCACCACGGCGCAACACCAUCUCAGCCUCCACUACCUCCCUGCCGCAGUGCAUCACCACACUACCGCACCUCCCGCAGAACGCCACCCCCACCACCACUGUGCUUUACGCUAACCACCCCGCGCACCACCACCACCACCACCACCACUCUACCGCCAGCCUGCCCUACACCGCCACGCUGCCCAGAGGGGGAGUUUCAGCUGACACAGGAGGAACACUCUCGCGUCUCGCCUCCCAGAUACACCCGCAGAUCCAGGGGGAAAGUGGAGUCCCCCUGCAGGUUCUUUACCUCCCCCCAGAGAGUAACACCUCCCACCUUCCCCCCAGGACGCUCCCAGAGACCCCCACUGUACCUCCACCUCCCCUUCCUCCACGGCAAACAACGUUUAUUCCACUUUUCG